UCUGUCAAGUCCUAACACAUUUUUGUGUUGCUGUUUUUUCUUUGAUUUUGCUGGCAGCUUGCUGGUUGAGAUGGGGCAGAGACCUAGGAACUACUCGCCUGCAGCUCAACCGGAUCUUGCUUCUUCCUCUUCAAUGGCUGCCGCCAAGAAGAUGCCCGUCCUGAACACCGCCUACAACGCCGGUAUGAUCCAAAUGAUUGCCGGGGAGUGGAACCCCAACAUCAAGUCUGUUUUCGCGGGGGUAGGGAUGGAGCAGUUUUGCAAGCUCAAGGCUUUAGGCAAUAAUAAUCGCAUAUUUUGCAUGUCCUUGCUCGCUAGGAUAGAUCCCGAAACUGUGAAGAUGGACAUGGGGGAUGGAAACUUUGUUGUGAUUGACUCUAGGGAGGUAGCAAAAUGCAUAGGAUUGAACCCUAGCGGGAAAAAGAUAGAUAUUCGGGCUGGUGCUUGCUUGCCUGACCGGGAAGAGUUGCUAGGGAAGUUGCAUGCCAUCUUAGAGACUGGCAUGCCCAAAACAUGCAAGAUUCCGAUUGUGAGAGUUAAAAAGAUAGUGCAAAACGCUAGCAAAGUAACAAUCGUGGGAGCGGAGAGAGAGAAAAUGAUGGCCGCAUGCACAAUCCUCGCAGCAUCCACAUUUCUUCUUCCUAGAGGAGUCCAUCCGAAGAUUUCUAAUGAGUUGUUGCCUGUUCUUGCUGAGCCUAACAAAAUAUCAGAAUAUGAUUUGUGUGACUACGUAGUGGAGGGGUUGAGAGAGGCUGCAGCAAAACUGAGGGAUGAUUUGUUGCAUGAGCCAUCUCAGCUUUCUCUUCAGGGGUGCCUCCUUGUUCCUUAGAUCAUCUUCUGUGACUACCAUGAGCAUGGCAUGGAAGGGCGUGAGCAGCUACCACUUCCUCGGAUGGCGUCGUACUCCAAUCUGUUGAUGAAGCUUCAGAUCCGCAAGCACGCAGCCAAGAACGGAGUGGAUGCAGUCUUCGAGGUAUCUGAUGUCCCUAGAUCGCCGGCAAUUAAUGUGUCGUCUGGGAGUGCACCGCCCGCAUAUUCUAGGACCACCCCAAGCCCUGGUGUGUGCGCCAGCCCGCCUGGAUUUGCUGUGACCCAUGGGACAGAGAUACCUGCGCAGAUUCUGGCCGCACUUAAGGAGGCAGUGGCACAUCAGUUCAAGAAAAGGGAGGAGGAGUUCUUGAAGAUGGUGGAUGAUGCCAAGGAGAAGGUGCUGGUGGAAAUACGGUGCAAGGCGGAAGUCAAACGACAGAGAGAUCUAGAAGACACACUCGAGGAUUUCAUGGCCAGGGUGAAGAGGCAGGCUCCAAUGGCGGCGGCGUUUCCCAACGUCACACUGUCUUCUCAUGUGCCAAGAAGCAAAACAGAUAUCAUGCAAGACCUAGCUGCUACUUCACGUGAAGCUGCUCGAUCUCUGAUGGCUGUUGUAGUCUGUAACGAGGAAACACGUAGCCCCCCAGCUGGGGAAGCAGGUAUUUCACUAGCCUCUGGAAGCCAGAACCAUAACGUGCAUGUGCCUCCGAUGGAGCGUGGAAAAGUAAUUGUUGUUUCGGAACCAAUGGGUGUUGAUGAAGUUCAAGAUAAGCCAAUGAUCGAAGACCGUAAAGGAAAAGGACCAGCAGUAAACUUGGGUGGGCGCAUAUGUACUAGGCAGAUGACAAUGCAGGAGGCACUGGGGGUUGGAUCGAUGAGAGACCAAGUUGUGCCAGUCGUACACCAAGCAUGCGACCAAGUUAUGUACGAAGCUAGUGUGCCCGACGGUGGAGGGCUGGGCGUUGCUAAUGGAGCUGGCAUUGCCACGCUUACUCCCAUAGGAAACUGAUGACCCACAAGUAUAGGAGAUCUAUCGUAGUCCUUUCGAUAAGUAAGAGUGUCGAACCCAACGAGGAGCAGAAGGAAAUGAUAAGCGGUUUCCAGCAAGGUAUUCUCUGCAAGUACUGAAAUAAGUG